AUGAACGCACUGUCUGAGAUUGCUGUUAACCACGGCCUGGCUCGCGAGGACUCACCCUCCUCUCGUCGCCAGAAGCUCUUUGAUACCGAAGGUGGGACUGCUAAAGGCCCGGGAGGAGCUCCCCAAAACAUGGAUUCACGCCUGCAAAGCAAGGCCAUCCCUACCUUUCCAUUCUACCAACUGGCAUCGCCAUCUGCCUUCUCUAUCUCUUCCAUCGCCUCUGUUCAACCUGUUCAAGAGGAUUUCCUGCCUUUCACCUCCACUACCACUACCACUUCUACUUCCGCUUUUACUCACUUUCCCGUGACGCCAUACAACUCCAAUUUUCUUGGUGACAGCAUGCUCUCGUUUUAUUCCUUGGCAAGUGGCAACGAAUCUGCUCCAUUUCAGUCUGCCAUCACGCUGGUCGAAGAGCCAACUCGUCGUCGUUCGUGGGCUGAGAGCUUCCUUUCCUUGUUCCAUAUGAACGAGAAGCUGCCUGUCGAGCCUGAGGCGAUCGUAAAUCCUUACAACGGUUUCUGGCGCUCAACGUCCACCAUAGCCAUUGUCAAUGCCUCAGAGGAAGCUGAAGAUGAGGACGAUGAUGACGACGACCUAUCUGUCUACAAUGACGACUUCCUACUCUAUAGCGAUGUGGAUGACUACACCACGAUGACUAGCAUCUCGGCACUUCCUGCCCCUGCCCUUGCUCUACGCACUCGGCCUUGGGUUGACAGCUACCUGUCGCUUCUCCAGCCAUGCGAGCUCAGCGCAAACUCAGAAUAUAGUACUACCCAUACCGCAAUCGCCCAACAGCCCAGUGGCCCUGAAUUCCGCUACCCCGUGCCAGUCUGGCUUGGGCAAUACAUUGCAGUAGCCCGCAUAGCCAAGCCAGAUGUUGCGAUUGACGAAUUGAUUGAGCUGUACGAGGCAUCCAAGUUCAUGCUCGAUGCGAACGGAGAUCCACUCAAGAUGCUUCCAGCAGAAGCGUUGCCCGAGCCCAGUUCCAAGAAGCGUGCCUGGAAGAGGGCAUUGAAGAAGGCGGCCAGCAAGGUCUGCGCCAAAUUCAAACAAACAACGAUGGAGGCAAAUAGAUGCGCAGCAGACAGAGUGUCGGUCACGAAUGGCCCGCUCGAGCAGGAGCAGGAACAGGAAGAAGAGGCAGAGCAGAAAGCUGCCAAGCUGAGAAGACGAACAAAUUUAGCUCGCAAAGUUGUAUCGCUCUUUAAGAGCAGAACCAUCCGAUCGACAAAGGCUUGA